UCUUUUAAAAACAAAAGACAAACCCUACUACAGUAAUACUGUAAAUUGUUCUCUCUCUCACGUCUCCCAAUCCCACUCAUCAAACUCUCCGAAACAACGUUACUGUCUGGCUCUAAGUUGUUGUGGCUGACUCGAGAUCCUAUAGAACAAGCUCUAAAUCCCUCUGUAUUUGCAGCCCAAAGAGUCAAUAGACCUCCACUGGGGUUGACCUUCCUUCAAAGGGAGCCACAUAGGUUAUAACCAACAUGGAUUUAAUGUUGAAGCUUUAAAUAUAUUUUAUCGAAUGCUUAGGGAAUCCUCGCUGAAGCCGGACCAUUAUACUUUAGCAAGUGUACUAUCAGCUUGUUCUAAUCUUGAAGAGCUAAAUGUAGGGAAACAAAUCCAUUCUCAUAUUCUUAGAACUGAGUUUGACUCUUCUGGGGCAGUUGGGAAUGCUUUGAUAUCCAUGUACUCACAAUGUGGUGCAGUAGAAAUUGCCCAAAGGAUUUUGGAGCAGGGUCGAAUAUCCAAUUUAAAUGUUAUUGCUUUUACCGCCCUACUGAAUGGCUACAUCAAACUUGGUGAUAUAGAUCCAGCAAGGAAGAUUUUUGAUUCACUAAAGGACCGGGAUGUGGUUGCAUGGACAGCUAUGAUUGUUGGCUACAUGCAGAAUGGCUUAAACAAUGAUGCAAUGGAUCUCUUCAGGUUAAUGUUUGAAAUAGGGCCAGAACCCAAUAGCUAUACUCUAGCAGCUAUGCUGAGUGUUUGCUCGAGCUUAGCAUCUUUGAAUCAUGGCAAACAAAUCCAUGCUGCAGCUUUAAAAUCAGGGGAAGCAUUAUCAGUUUCUGUAAGUAAUGCCUUGAUUACCAUGUAUGCAAAGUCUGGAAACAUAAGUUGUGCACAGAGAGUAUUUAAUUUGAUACAUUGGAAAAAAGAAACUGUAUCUUGGACUUCAAUGAUCCUAGCUUUAGCUCAACAUGGAUUUGGAGAGGAAUCCAUACAGUUAUUUGAGAAUAUGUUGGCAAUGGGUAUAAGACCUGAUCAUAUCACUUAUGUAGGUGUUCUCUCUGCUUGUAUACAUGUUGGCUUGGUAGCACAAGGUCGCCUAUAUUUCAGGAUGAUGAAAGAUGUGCAUGGUAUUGAACCCACCUCAAGCCACUAUUCCUGCAUGAUUGACCUCUUUGGACGUGCCGGACUGCUGCAAGAAGCACAAGAUUUUAUAGAGAAGAUGCCAAUUGAACCAGAUGCAAUAGCUUGGGGCUCAUUGUUAGCUUCCUGUAAAGUUCACAAGAAUGUUAAGCUGGCAAAACUUGCAGCUGAGAGAUUACUUUCAAUUGAUCCUGAAAAUAGCGGGGCCUAUUCAGGACUUGUUAAUGCCUAUGCGGCUUGCCAUAAGUGGGAAGAAGCUGCUAAAAUUAGAAAAUCAAUGAAGGAUAGGCAAGUUAAGAAAGAACAAGGAUUUAGCUGGGUUCAGAUAAAGAAUGAAGUUCACGUUUUUGGGGUUGAAGAUGUGCUUCAUCCCCAAAGGGAUGCUAUAUUUCAGACAAUGGAAAAAAUAUGGAAAGAGAUUAAGAAACUGGGUUUUGUUCCAGAUACUGAAUCAGUGCUGCACGAUCUUGAUCACGAGUUGAAAGACGAGCUCCUUCGGCAUCAUAGUGAAAAGCUUGCUAUUGCAUUCGGGCUACUAAAUACCCCAGAUAAUACUACUUUAAGGAUCAUGAAAAACCUUAGAGUUUGUAAUGACUGCCACUCUGCAAUUAAAUACAUCUCCAAGCUUGUUGGCAGAGAAAUUAUUGUUAGGGAUGCCACUCGUUUUCACCAUUUCAAAGAUGGGUUUUGCUCUUGUCGGGAUUAUUGGUAAGGUGGAUGGAUAAAAUGUUACCACUUGGGGCUAUGAUUGGAGUACUAAACCUGAACCUAGUAGCUCAAGAUUGGGCAAAUUUUUAUUUGCUGGUUUUGGUAUUUUCUGCAUCAACUGCUGUCAGAUUCACGGAACUUCUAUAGAAGAUCUGAAACAUAAUUGAUGCUACAGCCUUGCCUUGUUCAGAAAGUUGCUUUAUUUGGCCUACUACACUAUAGAGAUUCAAGCUCAACAGUUUCAGCUCUGUUCUUGGAUGGGCUUCCUGCUUGGUUACCACUACACUUAUCAGAUGCAUCUAGCAGAAAAAUGGGGAAUCGUCCAAUGUCCCAGAAGGGAAGCGGUUUGAUUAUGAGCCAAACUAAGUUGAAUCCAAUCAAUUAGCUUGUCUAACUCAUAAUCUUAUGAACACGUAUGUUCUCUUUUAUAUUUUCGAUGUGAGACUCUUAACAGUUUGCUUCAGUGAAUCAUGCGGGCGCAUGUUCAAAUAUUAGAAGCUACUUGAGUGAAAGGAAGCGCUACAAUGAUGGUCUUGCUGAUACUAAAUAAACUGGCAUAGGACGUUGGGCUAAAGUUGCAUUCUUGGCGUUGUGAAGAGGGUGUUAUAGCAGUGCAGGUUGUUGAAAGUUGAAAUCCAUUGAUUGAUACUAUAAAGGCAGAAUGCAGGGAAGUGGAGUGUACUGAUAAUGCUAAGUCCACCAUAAAAUGGUCAUGCAGAUAUAUGAAUAAUGUUUCUCUUAAACUAGCAUUUAUGUAUAUAUAUAUAUAUAGGGUGAUGAGGAGAACUGGUAGGUACUACCUGAAGAUGUAUAUUGGAUAAACCAUGUCUUAUGUUUUAUGACCCUAGCGACCAGCGGCCCAAAUAUAUUGUAUUGUGUAAUUCCAAUUGCUGUGUUUGGGCCAAAGUGUUUGAUUUAUCAAUGAAAAAGAACAAUUGGUGAAAU